UUUCAUUUUCACUAGCUUUCUUAUUUUGAACACAAUCGAAGAUACAUAAUACUCAGAUGAUCGUUUUAGAAGACUUCUUCGCGGCAAAUGAGGCGUCCUGAGCACAUAACUUCCGUAACGAAGUCUUGCAAACCAUGAACUUGUAACCUGUUCUAUUCCCGCCCACCUUCACCUCCCUUGGAAAUCCGGAAAGUGUAGAGCAUACAUUCCCAACAUGCAAUGCGAAGAAGCCAAAGAUGGCCGUAUCAUCUGUUCGCUGGUUGACGGUCCGCUGCAGGCUUUGUCUGCCGUUGUCGGAUCGGCGGGCAGAACCAUUUGGACAAGCCCAUAGCUGCAGAUUUUAUUCCGGAAGUGCAGCCCUCCCCAAGGCUGAAGGACCUGAUGUAACAGGGAUUGAGAAAGUGGUCAUUCCAAAAAGGAAAACUUGGGACAAAGUGGCCAUUCUUCAGGCACUCGCAUCCACAGUAAACAGGGACACCACAGCUGCUCCUUACGCAUUUCAAGAUGAUCCUUAUCUCAUACCAACAUCCUCUGUGGAAUCACGUUCAUUUUUAUUGGCAAAGAAGUCCGGGGAGAAGGCAGCAAAGUUUAUUAUUAACUUACAUCCCAAAUACUUUCAGAAGGAUAUAGCUGAACCUCAUAUACCGUGUUUAAUGCCUGAGUACUUUGAGCCUCAAAUUGAAGAUAUAAGUGAAGCCGCCCUGAAGGAACGGAUCACGCUCAAAAAAGUCAAAGCUUCGGUGGACAUGUUUGAUCAGCUCUUGCAAGCAGGAACCCCUGUAUCUCUGGAAACAACGAAUCGUCUCUUGGAUUUAUUGUGUUACUAUGGUGACCAAGAGGCCUCAACUGAUUAUCAUUUUCAACAAAGUGAAAAAUCAAAGGAGUUGGAAGAGGCCACAGAGGAAACUGAUGAGAAAUCUAAGAAGAAGGCUGGUCAUCAGUUUGGAGUUACUUGGAGAGCGAAAAACAAUGCUGAGAGAAUCUUUGCUCUGAUGCCAGAGAAAAAUGCACAUUCCUAUUGCACAAUGAUCCGAGGAAUGGUGAAGCACCGAGCUCCUGUGCAGGCAUUAAACUUAUACACCGAAUUAUUAAACAAUAGACUCCGUGCUGACAUACACACCUUCAAUGCAUUGAUUGAAGCAACAGCAAUGACGAAUGAGAAACUUGAGGAAAAAUGGAAUAAUAUAUUGGAACUGCUGAAACAAAUUGUUGCACAGAAGAUGAAACCAAAUCUACAGACUUUUAAUACCAUUCUGAAAUGUCUCCGAAGAUUUUAUGCAUUUGGGAAACUGCCAGCCUUACAGACCUUACGUGAAAUGAAAGCCAUCGGAAUUGAACCCUCACUUGCAACAUAUCACUACAUUAUUCAGCUGUUUUAUCAUUACGACGCCCCUUCAAAAGGAUCGUCCCUUGUGAUCUACGAUAUCAUGAACGAAUUAACGGGGAAGAAAUUUUCCCCACAGGACCCGGAUGAUGAUAUGUUUUUUCAGUCAGCCAUGAGAGUUUGCUCCUCUCUCAGAGAUCUGGAACUUGCUUACCAAGUGCAUGGCCUUUUAAACACUGGAGACAACCGGAAAUUCAUCGGACCUGAUCACCGGCGUAAUUUCUAUUAUUCCAAGUUCUUCAGUUUGCUUUGUCUAAUGGAACAAAUCGAUGUCACCUUGAAGUGGUACAAGGACCUGAUCCCUUCAGUCUUCUUACCCCAUUCCCAAACACUGAUAGAUCUUCUCCAAGCUUUGGAUGUGGCCAACAGGCUGGAAAUGAUUCCUCAGAUCUGGAAAGAUAGUAAAGAAUAUGGUCACACUUUUCGCAGUGACCUGAAAGAAGAGAUUCUGAAGCUCAUGGCAAGAGAUCAGCAUCCAGCAGAGCUCCAGGUGGCGUUUGCUGACUGUGCUGCAGAUAUCAAGUCUACUUAUGAAAGCCAGGAUGCCAGACAGACCGCUCCUGACUGGCCAGCGAACGCUCUGAACUGUAUAGCGGUCCUAUUCUUACGGGCGGGGAGAAUCCAGGAAGCCUGGAAGAUGUUGGGGCUUUUCAGGAAGCAUAACAAGAUCCCAAGAAAUGAGUUGCUGAAUGAGUUUAUGGACAGUGCAAAAGCCUCCAACAGCCCUGCCCAGGCCAUUGAGAUCGUGAAGCUGGCGAGUGCCUUCAGCUUACCUGUCUGUCAGGGCCUCACCCAGAGACUCGUGGCUGACUUUGCCAUCAGCCAGGAACAAAAGGAAGCCCUGGGAAACCUAACUGCAUUGACCAGUGACAGCAGCAGUGACAGCGACAGUGACAUCAGUGAAGGCAAAUAAAAGUGGCCAAUCAGGAGCAGCUGGGGCCUGGCUGGCAUAGCCACUCUAAUUCCACUUGAGAACUGAGAUUUUACUAUUUAACCAUGAUAUGAAUAAAACAAGAAAUGUCGAGCUGGUGAACUUUGAAAUGCAGUUGAUACAGCACUGACUUGUUCAGGUUAAAUUCCUAAUCCGAUACUUAACUAAACCGCCCAUUCAGGGUUUAAACCGAAGCAGCACUACCCUGUGGUCUCCUUGGACACACACUCCGAGCUGCACAGGACCCGAUGAGCAUAUGCUCAGCACCUGCACGUUCGCCUCCGACUUCUCAUGGCUGUCAGCUGUCGCCGGGUGGCUCACCCUCCCGGUGGGAACCUCAGCCUGUUGGCUGAUGCUGUGACGCUGCUGGUUACUUCCUCCACCUUAGAAACGGUGUCUAAAGGAGGUUUUCAGUUACAUCACAGUAUCCCAAUUUCAGGGAUAUUUAGAUGUGAAAAACUUGCACAUCUUAUAAUCAAUUAAAUGACAAUGGCAGGAGUUUAGGCUGCACAACUGGGAAAAUGAAGACUGUAAAUAAAUACUGUAAUUAAUGUC